AUGGGAAUGCAGAAGGUGCUCAGUCCUUUGACUAUUCUACGCAGACUGUCUAAGUCAUCCGCCACGAUGAGUAAGCAGCCAGGACCGAUAAGUCCAAGCGAAGUAAGUUUUUUUAUAAAUCAUUUUUAGAGAUUUUAUUUUAAAAUGUUUAUCAAUAACCAUCUUUAAAGUUUGCUAGCGUUUCUCGAAGCUUGAGGAGUUUUUGAAAAAUAGAACUAUUAAACAUAGACAAGGAAGUGCGAAAAGAUCGAAAAAUGUUCAUUUUUUUUUCAAAAUGGCGAGACAUAAAUCACUGAGAAAAAAGAGAAACGGUGUCUCGACUAGGUAAAAGUUAAGACCGUCACAUAUAUCAACUGCCGAAGAAGCGAAAUAAUUUUUCACAAAUUUACAAGUUUAAAGAAAUUUAAAAUAGUUUAAAAAAACGACUUUCGUCCUUGCAAGUAAAUUAUUUUCGGUCGCCGGGUGUAACUUUGCGGAAAUGUACUUUGAGGUCUCAUGUUUACGAAUCGCUAAAAAUUCUCCACUUUUGACUUUUAGCCUAGCUGUGGGGCUUAAAUUUGUUCCGUUAUCAUUUGAGUGGAGAGAAAGAACCCACAACUCGACCAAAAGUCAAAAGGAGAACACUUUUUUCUGUGAUAUGGGAUCAAAAGACCUCAGAGUACUUUCCUGCAAGUUUUCGGCUCAAAAACACUUUUCUUUUUAGCUUGUUCUAUCAAUGCAUUAGAACCUAUUUUCCACUUUCAGAUAGCAAAAUUGGCAAGAGAACCGCCGGCCGAGACCGACGGCUUCUACUUACAACAGGCGAUGCUGCGAAUCAAGGACCCCAGAAAAUCGCUGCCCUUCUACACCAACGUCCUCGGCAUGAGGUUCUCCUUUUUCUUGAUUUUUUUUUUGACCAAGAAAAUAUUUUCCUCACACUUUUUAAACACAGACGAACGAGGUUUUUCGAAGAAAAUGGUUUUCAACGGCUAUAGAAAAAUCUUUUUCCGUCUGUCAUAUCUAGGUUCUUUGUAACAUUCCGAAAAAUUGUCAAUAUUAAGACUUUUUGGAAGGCCAAGGCUACGAAAAAGCUCAAAAAAGUGGCAGGCCAAAAUGAAAAAAAGGUCAAAAUUGCUUCUCGAAAAAUCUUUUGCCCUUUUUUGAGAACAUUUUUUUAUCGUCAUUUUUGUAGCCUUUUUUAAAUGGAUCAAUAAAAAAAUCUCUCUCUGAGUCCAAAAGUUCAAAAAAGAACGAAAAAAAAACUUUGAAAGAAAAAAUUCCAUUAUUUGAUCCAUUGAUGAAGUUUAAUCGCUCUUUUGAAGUUUCGUACAAUUUCGAGAAUCCCUAAAAAUUACCUUUAAAAAAGCGCAACAGCCACUUAAGUAAUCUCUGAAUGACUCAAUAGCGAUUUUUUCUCAUUGAGAAGUCAAUUAUUAAAAAAUUUAUGCAUAUAAUUUUAAAUUUUCUUAUUGAGAUAUACUCUAAAGCUAAACUAAGAAUGAAUCUAAAUUUCAAGUUUAAGAAGGAUCAAAUUUUAUGCCGUAAAAAUCAAAAAAUGAAUAAAAAUAAUAAUUAUCUCUGACUCUCUAAAAUUUAGUUAUCUUUUUUCUACUCUCUGACCGGUAUUUUGAAUUUCGCGGAUAUCACUUUUAAAUGUUUAAGAACUCUAAAAUGGUCCCUGUAGAUUCAACCUUGAGGGCCCUUGGCAGUUCCCUCUAGCCUCCCUCUAUAGUGGCCACUGACGCUUGCAAAACUGGCCCCUAUAGGGGACAUGCUAGUCAAUUUUUUUAUGGACUCUAUGAGCACAUCUGUGCGAAAAACUUGAUAAACUAGGGGUUCAUUUCAUUAACCACUAUAAGAACCACUCUGGCGUUCUCUAGAAAAAUAAGAAAACGUUUUGAGGCUCCUGAAGCAAAAGGACCUGCUGAAAGACAAGUACUCGCUGUUCCUGAUGGGCUUCAAAAAGGCCGAAGAAGUUCCAAAAGACGAUCACGAGUGCUUCCAAUACGCCAUCACUACUCAUUCCGUCAUUCAGCUCACCCAGUAACUUUUUUUUAGACUCAUUCAAAAUCUAGUUAUACUUUUGAAAUCAUAUUUACAGUUUCAAUAUCACAAAAAACCUUUGAAAAUUUUAAAUGAAUAAAUUAACGAUUUCAUUACAGCUACUGGGGCACCGAAGACGAUCCCAACGUUAGCUACCAUAAUGGAAACAAGGAUCCGAAAGGAUUCGGUUAGUUCUCUGUUUCGACAUUCCAAUAAUUCAUGAAAAAUAAACGGAACGGGACUACGAAAACGUGACGAAACACAUCCAAAAAAAGUAUGAAAACUUCUAAAAACAAAAAACAAGGAAAAUUUGCCGCGAGUUUCAAGUCUAGGAAAAUAUUUUUCACUCAAAUCAAGUUUUUUUUUUCUUCAAUGGGCGCCUUGAUUUGAGUUACUCGAAGGGCAACCUCAAGCUGCAAAGGUUGAAGAUUUUUUUGACGUCUUAAUUUUGUUGUUUUUCGAGUUCGAAACAUUUUAAAGAAAGGGUAAGUUUUUUUGGACAAGCAUAACAUUCGAAAUGCUAAAAAACUUUUUCAAAAUAAAAUUUUUGAAAUAACAUAUUUUUUAACGCAGAGUCAAUUGCUGCUAUUUUUUCAAUCAUUCAGAAUAAAGAAGGCGAAAUUUUCUCAUAUAUUCUCAUUUUAGUGGUAUGUAGUGUAAUUUUUGGAGCUAAAGAUUUAGUUAAUUGAGACCUUCCUUCAAACGUUUUUUUCAGGUUUUAAAGGAGCAUAGUUAGAAAAGUUUUUCAGAUUUUGUUUUGAUAAAAAGCGUUGAGAAGUAAUUUAAGUUUUACUCGAGUUUUGAGCAGAAUUUCAUGGAAGAUAUUUGAGUAGAAAAAUUUUAAUCAAAGUCCAAAAUACGGACGAAACUGCUUUUUUCAUUUUUCUGGCAUUUGCCAGCCUAAUCGUUACUUUUCGAUUUUUUCCAUCUGAAUCUUCUUAGUUUCAUUACUAUCAAAUUUUCCCGACGAAAAAAGUUUUUUUUUACCAGAAAUUUUAGUUCCUUUCCCCGCAGGUCUCUCGCAGCGUGUUCUCAGAGAAAGAAACCAUAAACUUUAUAUUACCAAAAAUACAAUUUUAAAAAUUACAUAAUUAAAAAUAAAUGAACCUUACCAGGACACAUCAGCGUGGUAGUCCCCGACUUGGUGGCCGCAUGUAAAAGGUUCGACAAACUCGGCGUCGAGUUCGUGAAACGCCACGACGAGGGGAACAUUCACGGACUGGCGUUCAUCAAAGAUCCCGACGGCUACCACAUCGAGAUCUUCAACCCAUCCAACAUUGACCUUUGA